AUGGCAGAGACCUGUAUAGAGAACCCAGACUAUCUGGUGGUCAAUGGCAUACCAUCCUCUAAAUACAAGCAUGAAAUUGAACUCGAGAAUUGUUUUGAACCUCAGCAUGAGAAUUCUGCUCUACUGAUACUAAACCAGGAGAUUAAGAUGCCAAAGCUUUUCAUGAAACUUUGGAACAGGUAUAUGAUUAAAGUGUGUGCUGAUGGCGCUGCUAAUAAACUGUACCAAUUUUGCGUCAACAACAAUGUCAAUCACAAUGAUUACCUACCCGAUUAUAUUGUUGGGGACUUAGAUUCUAUUGAUGAAAACAUAGCACAGUUUUACAAAGAGAAAGGUGUAUAUGUGAUCAAGCAGACCACGCAAUACUCUACGGAUUUCAAGAAAAGCAUUAAUCUAAUAACGUGUCAUUUCUAUGCCACAAACUUCAAGGACCACCUUCAAAGCUCUAAUGAAGACAGUAAUUAUGGUAUAUCUCUAGAGAAAGGAAUACACGAUAUAUAUGCCACUAUAAAGAAUGUCGCGGAGCUUCCGAAACUCAAUGUCCUGGCCCUAGGCGGUAUAGAUGGUCGCUUUGACCAAACUAUACAUUCAAUCACGCAGUUAUACACAUUGACAAACACAGAUCCAUAUAUAAGGAUGUUUUUCCUCACUGAAAAUGAUCUGAUAUUCAUCAUACCUCCGGAUGGUGUGCUACUGCGCUAUGAUGCGGAGUUUAGGAAAGCUUGUAUUGGCAACUGUGGCCUGUUGCCUGUUGGUCUUCCAACAGAGAUCAUAGAGACCAUUGGCUUGAAAUGGGACGUGGCCAAUUGGCCCACUAGCAUCGAAUCUGGACGAGUGAGCAGCAGCAACAGGUUCUCUGGCCACGAUAAGUGCUACAUCAAUGUCAAAGAUGGUAUGAUUAUCAAUGUUGAAAUCAAAAAAGAUGUUGUUGCUAACUAUGUAUAG